UGCACACAGCGAUCCCACAACGCGAGGAGCGCUGCAGGGAAGAGCCAGGUGCCUCGCAGCUCUCCGUUCACUAUUUACACCCCGUGCACCGCGUCGCGUUUGACAGCAACACGUCGCUUUAGUUGAUACACGUCUUUAAUUCCCCACGUGUUGGAUACUCGCGAUGCCGGAGACGGACUGGAUAGCAACAACAACAACAACAACAACAAGGCGCGCUGCUGUCCCAUUAGCAUCGCGAUGCCCCCCGGUCCAUGCUGUCUGACCCGAGUUCACACCGUCCGCGCCUUUCCGCCCCCCCGUCCAGUGCACGCUCGUACGGUGGCCCAGCGCGAUGGCCGAGGAGGACCUCCAGCAGCACGCGGACCGCGGGGCGAGGAGUCAGCCCGGCCUGCUCACCGGGCUGCAGGGCGCCGAGGCCAGUGCUCUGCAGCUGAGGAUCAACAACUCCAUCUGUAAAUCGGUUCAAUCGAAAGUGGAAAACAUUCUGCUAGAUGUGGAGAAGUUCUCAGACAUUGAAAAACUAUACCUCUACCUAAAGUUGCCUUGUGGUCCAAGCAGUUGCAUUGAUAAAAGUGACCAGAGUGCCCUCUCAUCAAGCCGAACACAGCAGAUGCACGCGAUCAACUGGAUCCGCCAUCAUUUAGAGGAAUACCCAGAGACGUCUCUUCCCAAGCAGGAGGUCUAUGAUGAAUACAAGAGCUUCUGUGACAAUCUCAACUACCACCCACUGAGUGCUGCCGAUUUUGGAAAAAUUAUGAAAAAUGUCUUCCCGAACAUGAAGGCGCGUCGACUCGGCAUGAGGGGAAAAUCAAAAUAUUGCUACAGUGGACUGAGGAAGAGGCCCUUUGUUCAAAUGCCAUCUUUACCCUCUCUGGACCUCCAUAAAACAGGGGACGGGUGUGACGUCUUAGAGUCCCCGAGCCAGCUGAGUAACAUAAAGGAAGAUGUGCGCUUUGCAGCCUGUGAUCUGGUGUGUGAGUGGGCCCAAAAGGUGCUGAAACGCCAGUUUGAUGCUGUGGAAGACUUGGCUCGCUUCCUGAUCGACAGCCAUUACAUCAGCAAUAAGUCCCUGGCUGCUCUCACCAUCGCCAGCGGCACUUCAACAGAGGUCAAGCCUCCACAGGUGGGUUCAGCGUUCCUUCCCACUGCCGAGGCUCACUCCUUCCAGCCUCAUGUGACCACCCUUUGCUCACCGUCUGUUGACGCGAAGCAGCAGCUCCAGAGGAAGAUCCAGAGGAAACAACAAGAGCAGAAGCUGUACUCUCCUUUACCUGGGGAGGGACAAACCAAGAGGGCAGAUGACAGUGUCCCUUGUCCCAGCCCAACCCCUCCGUCACCUCAGCCAACCAUCGGCAUCGUGGUCUCCGCCGUCCCGAGCCCCAUCGCGGUACAACGAAGCAGGCAACUGUUGUCGCCCAGCCCAAUGGGAGCAGUAGAGAGCAAAAUGCUGCCUAUUAACAUCCAAAUGGUAACUCAGCCAGUGCAGACAGUGAAACCGAACCCCAAAACCCCACAAAAUAUUCUUACCAGUCCAGCGGGAGAGCGCACGGCUCGGCAACGCUAUGCUCAAAUCCUGCCAAAACCCGUGGCCACAACCGCUAUCACUUUGCGCUCGCCCUCCACAAUGAUCAUCGGCAGGAGCCCCGCCAAGACCGGGAUGACCACAUGUCAUGUCAGCCCAGUCAAUUUGGUCCAGGUGACAGCCGUACCGCUCGCACCCAACAGCAGCAAUAACACCAUUUCCCCCGCAAACGUCACUCUGCGGCCGGCCUCCGCAGGCAUUAGUUGUACUAUGGUGGGGGAGGACAUCAGUUCCAAUCAAAGCAUGAGGAGUACCUCCGCGGUCCCCAUUCUGACCCCGUUCGCCGUUUCCGGGCAGACUUUUAACACUCAAAACGUCGAUGUUGAGAUGGAAGUUGAAGCUAUACAUGAAUACAGCCAAAUGCAAAAUCCUGGCGCUGUUGUUUUCCCUCAAGAGACAAUAGCAAAUAGGCCCCCAGGGGCCUUACAGAGGGCUGCCAGUGUGCCCAUACCUCAGUCCAAAGGCCUCUUGGGCAUGGAGGACACAUCCAUUACUAAUUGCAAUGGAAUUUUCUCUACAAGCUCUAACACUGUGGCAACAGUCGGAAACAGUAAUGAUGGCGCUAAUAAUACAAGGGCUUUCUCCUUAACUCCCUCCACUCAAAAUACCAGCACUGUUUCUUUACUGAACACCAGCACACCAGCUUUAUUUGGGGGAAGCAGCAGUCUAAUAUCAGUAAAGGAGUGUUUCACGUCCGCCAAGAGCCUCAGGAAACGUUUGGGCCACAGUCCAGACUUUUCCCCGAUCAAAAGGGCUUUUGUACCCCAGCAGCCAAUAGAGGGCGCUGCUGGUCUCGGAUACGGGAUUAGAAACAUGGUCGGUAACAUCCUCAGGCCAGGAGCUCCAGCUCGACCUGAAAGUGCACCAGCUGCCAGAGAGGUAGAGACAAAAAUGAUCAAUCGCCCCAUCGCUCAUGUGCACGCACCGUGCACUUCCUCUGUCAGAUGCAGUGGCUUCUACUCUGUUGCCACAACACAGAGCUCAUUGCAGAGAAAAAGCAUGUCCACUGUUAUGGAAACUUGCACCUCAGUCAGUCACCCGUUCAUUCAGAAACCGCACGGGUACACAAUGUCUAGCCUCCAUGGCGUACCUAAUAACCCCGGCCUCCAAAUGCAUUCAGGUGUGAGUGAUGUUAGGAGUUCAGCCACAGGGAGCCUGGAACAACCUCAACAACACACCUAUCCUUCAUCUACCCCUGGUACUACCCCCUUAGGCUUUUUGAAUCCUAAUCCAGCUUCAUCGUCAAACCAGCUUUCCAUGCAGACCGAUACAGACUACUUUACCUUUGAUGAGGAUGUGACUCAAGACAGCAUUGUGGAGGAGCUGGUGCAGAUGGAGGAGCAGAUGAAACUUAACAACCUGCAGGAGUUUGGAGGCUGUGCUACACUGCAGGGCCAACAGGCCGUGAUGCCAGACAACGCAAUGUCUAACAUCCAGACCAUGACUCCUUACCAUCACGCUUCAAACUGCCGCAGCAACCCGAUCCAUACUCCAACACCUACUCCAACUCCCACGCCCACAUCCGAAAUGAUGGGAGGCGUCCAAGGCUUCACCAGAGAGAGCCCCUUCUCCCGUAUUGCCUCCACAACCCCAGUGGAGAGCGCACUGGGGAGCAGUCGACACACCCCAGUUGGCACUCCCCAAUCCAACUGCAGCAGCACCGUGCCUCCCAGUCCAGUGGAGUGCAGAAACCCGUUUGCGUUCACGCCCAUCUCCAACUCCGGCAUCACUGGUUUCCACGACGGCAGCAUCAUCUCCAGCAGUCCAGUCAAGCCCAUGCAGAGGCCGAUGGCUACCCACCCGGACAAGACCAGGCUGGAGUGGAUGAAUAACAGUUAUAACAACAGCAACGGAGGCUUAAACAAGGCAAGCAGUGGAAUUGGAAUCCUCCCCAGCUAUCAAAGCCUACUAGGUGAACAUUUCCAAAAACCUCACGCUUUCGCCGUCCCCCACGCACGGCACCACGACAGCCAUUUGGGGCGCUUGACUCCCAUCUCGCCCGUGCAGCAGCAGGGAGCCAACGUGGGCAAGCAGGAGGGCUUCGCUGUGCCGGCGCCUCUGGAUAACAAAUCUACCAACUCACCUUCUUCUACUUUCCGGUGUCGCAGUGUGAGUCCCGCUGUGCAUCAGAGGAACCCUGGAAACCUUCCCCUUGUCCCUUGUUCGGUCGCGUCUCCUUUUAACUCUCCUGUGACACCAGAGAUGUUGAACAUCUUUCCCCACAGUCAAACACCUUUUGGGGUGAACAGCAUGGCGCAAAGGAGCCAUUCUGUGCCACUCAACAUCAUGAUGCAAACCGAGGUCGGGCCCACGCCGGGACAACACUGCAACAGUGAAAACAUCGCUAAUGUCCUUCUGAGCAAGCUGGAUGACGACAGCGUUCGGGGGCUGGGCAUCAAUAAUUUAUCCUCCAGCUACACUGCACGCAUGAACCUCACCCAGAUCCUCGAGUCGGACCCCAGCCUCUCCUGCAGUGACCACCACUUCAGCCUGAUGACUUCUGACUCCACCAGCAGAUGCAGCUCGCAGAGGCCAAAUUAUCUCAUCGAAAAUGCCAUUAAUGAACAAAUGAUGCUCUCAAUAGCUGACAGCCAAGUGCAAUCGGCUUCUAGAGAGCAGCAUCUACAACAAGCCCAGUCUAUGUUGUUAACGUUGAGCUCACAGCAGCAUCGAGAAGAACUGCAGCAGCAGUUGGAUUUCAGCAGCACUGUGAAAGACCUCCUGGCAGACAACAGCCUUACCGCUGGCAGUCAGCUCGUGGAGCCGGUGUCCGAGCUAACUGCGGGAACAGCGGAUUUCCCUUGUGAAAUCAGAAUGACAUCGGAGCUCUCCAGUAGCAUCAAUGACCUCAACGCAUUGGACACAGACCUUCUGUUUGACCCCAACCAGCAGCAUGGGCAAUAUCAACACCCGGCGGAGGAGUUUGUGAAUGAUGUGCUGUUUCAGCAAAUUACCAGCGACACAGCACAUUCAAGUGGACUUGAUUGGCUCGAUAGCAAAGAUCAUUCAACUGUCGGGUUGAUGAGUUAGAGCUUUUUUUAGGUCAUGUUGAACAUGUUACCCUUUAGUUCUUGUGUGUCUAUUUAUCUUCAGGUAUUUACACUUUGUAAUGCAACUCUGGACGCAUUGAGGUUUUUUCCAGUUAAAAAGUGCCAGUCUGAACUGCAAUGGCGCCCCAGCACUCUGAUUAAAAUGCUGGUCAUUUCCCUUUAAUCAGAGGACAUUGCCUCACAUUGUUUCAUCACGAGCAUUUACACCAAGUAAACAAAAGUUACCAAGCGAAAAUAAAUCUUUUACUGAAAGAUCAUUGAAAAAAAUCACAACAGUCACGAAGAAACGUUGCAAACUCAUGAAAAAAGAUAAUUAUUAACAAGACUUUUACAAAACUCUUUCUUGAUAUCAUUGUGUCUAAUAAUGUGUCACAUUUGCAACAUUUGUGUGUGCAUUGAAAAAAAUAAUCACAAGUUCUCUUUGCAGGAGCAUUAGCCGUCAGUCUACUUUAUGUACAUUUUCUAUUGCUGAAAAAGAUAUUAACAAGACAUGUUUGAGGGCCUAAUUCACCCCUAAAAAUCUAUUUGAUAUAUUCUUAUGAUCUGCUGGAGUCUGCAUAGAGCAUACAAUAGUUUGAUGGAGUACAGUAAUACUUUAAGCCAAACUAAUUGCUAAAAGACAAAGGAAGACUCUGUGCCUCUCCGAAUCUAUAAAGAUAUGUCGUAUCUUUAGAAUGAAACGUCUGCUCAAUAUACAGCUCAGAAUACUUGAUGAUAUCAAUAGUAGAAUUAGACCUCUUUUGCUGGUUUUUGGUUUUCAAGCCACAUUUUUCAAAAGUUUGAAAAAAGUGAGACGUUGUGUUGAACUCUAAAGUAGCAGAAACUAAUGAAGAUCUUUGAUUUACACGGGGAAAGCGUUUCUUCGUUAACUGUCUAGAUAUAUAAAUACAACCAGCACGAGGGUUCUACUCUUGACUACUUGUAGAUCCAAAUGGAAGGAAUCUAUUAAAGAAACCAUUUGAUACAAAUUAAACCAAAUCCCAUAAAUGUGGGAUUCCUGCACUUUGAGAGUAUGAUCCCUGAGUAACAGAAGAGGUAUGGGACAUACCAUUAGCAUUCAGAAAAUGCAUUUUGUAUUAUUUGCACACAACUUCCUCAAUUCAGAUGUGAAGGUCUUCAUCUGAUAAAAGACUUGACUAAAUUCUUUAAAUUGCAUAAUGUGGUAACUCAACUCUUUUUUCUUCUAACGUAGCACUCAUACCGCACUGACAAUCUGAAAUGCUUGUAUUUCUUUACAUAAAUGCACUGAGUUUAAUUUGAAUAAUAGAGGAGCGUGUUUAACUGCGUGGCCUGAGGAUUUCCAUUCAUGAAAUCACUGGUCAUAUACGAAAUCCCUUUUUUGCACUGAUGAAGAGCUGUGUGUGAUGAAGUCAUGCAACCAGGUGAGAUGAGAAUGACGUCUGCUCCCUGAGGGUUUUGGUUUCCGAGCCUUAUGUCCAUACCAAAGACUAACUGUUAAACAUAACCUGCAAUAACAUGCACUAAGAUACUGAUGUACUGAAUUAUGUUUGGUUACAGCCAUAACAAUUAUAUUCUGUAAUGUGAAGAAUACACUGGGGAAAUAGCUUAAACAUCGGUGACAGUUGCAGCAUUGGAAAAACAUUUCAUUAUAUAAUCAGUUCAUCAGGACAAUGUUGAGGAUUGUUUGUAUACUGUUUGCUUUAAUAUAAGACACUGUACUUUAUCCUUUUUGACCGUGUUAGCAUUAGAGAAUGUUUAAUUUUAUUUUUAAACAGGUUGUUUGUGUUUGCACUGUUUAUUCAGAGUGUGUUGUUUGUACAUAAGAUGUUGUGAACCAUAUAAUCUUGGGAAUUCACAAUAAUCUGACUUGCACUGUCAUGCUGUUUUGUAGCAUACAUUUUAAGGGUCAUAGCAUAUUACCAAAUAUCAUAUGCGCUACUUUUUUUUAAAUUAUGAUUUGUCCUAUGCGGUGGAUAAUUACAAUAUUUAACAAAUUUUCUUAGAAAAUUGUACCAGAAAAUAUUUAAUCACGUUUUAAAAUAUUAACAUAAGACAAUCUGUAACCCUAAGAUGUAAUAUAAGUGUCAUAAAUAUUACAAACGCAUAACAUUGAAUCUCUUUCAGUGUGUUGAUAAAAAAUUGUGCGUUGGAUUAUACAUUUAAAAAGAAAAAACAUUUCUGCAAAGCGGAGUAUGUAUGUAAUAUAUCUCAUUUUGAGUAUGAUUUAACAUUGACAUUGAGUUUAACGUUUCUUAUUUAUGUUUUAGUUAUUAUUUGAUUACCACUGGUUUGUGUUUGAAGAAGACGUUACCCUUCCUCUUGCUGAAAGUGGUUCAGAGCUGUAGAACUGCACUCUACUCUUGUGUUACAGGGGAUUUAUUUUAUACGGGGAAGUGCUUGUUGAUACUGCUUUUCAAUGAGUUUUUAAAACAAUAAACAAUUUUAAGUACAUCA